AUGGUCAUUUAUCAGGGAGACCUCUCGAAGCCACGGCUAGGCAUGUCGGAAGAUGAGGAAGCAGCUGUGUUCCAGCGCUGUCAGGCCAUGAGAUACUGCGGCGCAAUUGUGUCGUUUGUGCAAAACUACGAAAGGAUGAGUUUCGUCAAUGUCGAGUCGACAAAAUACCUCGCUGCUUUAGCGCUGCAGAGCUACAUACCAUUCCACUACAUAUCGACUGCAGGCGUCGGGCAGAAGGAGGGGCAUGCUGCAAUUGAGAAAGUGUCGCCUGUAUGGAACGAACCACCCAUGGAUGGCGCUGACGGAUAUACGGCAACAAAAUGGGUGAGCGAGGUGUUCCUCGAGAAGAUCAACUCGCUCUUCGGGCUUGAAGUUACCAUACACCGCCCAUCUAACAUCAUCUGCGACGGAGGCCCGGAGACAGACAUCAUCAACAAUUUGCUGGAAUAUUCACGCCGCAUGAGGGCCGUUCCACAGCUGGAGAGCUGGGAGGGACAUUUCGACUUUGUUCAGGGCCAAAUCGCGGCGUCCAAUAUAGUCGAGUCUCUGAUGACUAGCAUGGCCAGAAGUGCACAAGAUGGCCCUAGAAAUCGCCAGAGUGUGCAGCACAUCCAUGAAUCUGGUGAAACAGUCAUCCCGAUCAACGGCCUCAGUGCAUAUCUGGCAAAAGACGAGGGCGCGCCUUUCAAGAUUAUUGCCCUGCAUGAGUAG